UAGAUGGCAUGUGUGUCGAUCCUGCUUGAGCAAAACCAAACAAAGUCAUGGCAGAAAAGGAAGCUAUUGCAAUAGUGUUGGAUAUUGGUCCUUCAAUGAACCAGGCACCCCCUGGUGAGAUCACGUCUCUACAGUCUUCGCUCAAUGCUAUCACUAUGAUUCUACAAAGGAAGAUCUUUGCCGAGGCUAAAGAUGAAGUGGCAUUAGUUUUAUGUGGUACUGCAGACACCCAAAAUGAUCUUGCUGAUGGAGAUAGUUACGAGAACAUCACUGUAAAGCGUACCCUAUGUUUGCCUGACUGGCCUCUGCUUGAGAUGGUACAAAAAGACAUCCAACCAAGCUCCGUCAGUGGAGACUUUAUUGAUGCCACUGUUGUUGCAAUGGAUCAUCUUGUGAAGGGAAUACAGGGUAAGAAAGGAUUUACUGGCAAGAGAAUCAUCCUGUUCUCUGACUUGGGGGGAGAGUUUGGAGAAGAUGGACUGGAAGAUAUAGUUGCAAGCAUGAAACAUGAAAAUGUAGAUUUUAAUAUUAUAGGUCCAGACUUUGAUGAAGAGUCUGGAGAUGGUGAUGCUAAAGGUGGUGCUAAUGGUCACAAGAAGGAGAAGACUGCCCAACAACAAGCUGGGGAGGUAGUUGUCAGGAGCAUAAUUGAGGCUGUAGAUGGAGCACAUUAUGCAUUUAGUGAAGCCCUGCCAGCCCUAAGCUUCUUUCAAGCAAGACAAAAAAGAUCCAUGGCAUGGAAGGUUCCCCUUGAACUUGGCCCUGGACUUGAGAUCCCUGUCCAGGGGUUGAUAAAGGUUCAAGCUGCAACAGCCAAGUCUUUUAAGAAGGUUUACGCUAAAGAUCCUGAUGAGCAGAUAACUACAGUGCGGACAUAUCAUCUCAAUGAUGAUGAUGAAACAGAAAUUGAAAAAGAGGAUACGGUUCAAGGCCAUAGGUAUGGUAAUACCUUAGUCCCAUUUUCUCAGGAUGACUUGGAAAAUAUGAAAUUCAAAGCCACUAAAUGUUUAAAGCUGCUUUGUUUUUCUAAAAGUGAUGAUAUAAAAAGACAUCAUUACAUGGGGAAUUCUGUAAUGGCCUUUUCUGCACAGAAAGGCGAUGAGGCCGCAGCCCUUGCCUUGUCUGCCAUAAUUAAAGCCCUAUAUGAAACAAACUCAGUUGCCAUAGUGAGGCGUUGCUAUAGUGCUGCAGCUAGCCCUAAGAUAGGAUUCCUGUCUCCACACAUAAAGGCAAAUUAUGAGUGUUUAUUUUACACUGAACUGCCCUUCAUGGAAGAUCUGAGACAGUUUACAUUUGGUUCCCUACCAAUCAAGGAAGACAACUCAGAUCUACCCAACAAGAAACAGCAGCCUUCAAGUGAUCAGUUAAAGGUGAUGGAUGACCUCAUUGAGAAUAUGGAUCUCUCCAAAGCAAUUGUAGAUGAAGAUGGUGACACUGAAGAGGCUUUUAAACCAAAACUUACAUUCAAUCCAUAUUUCCAACGUUUAUACCAGUGUAUUCAACAAAGAGGCAUGUCCCCCGAUGCACCCCUACCUGAGUUAUCGUCCAUUGUAGAGAAGUCUAUGAUUCCUCCAGAGAAUAUCGUCAACAAUGCAAAGCCUGUUGUAGUGAAAAUGAAAACAUUGUUCAAAUUGGAAAUGGUGAAAAAAGAUAAGGAGGAAAAGACUGGGCAAAAUGUCUUCAAGGAUGGUGAAUCAAGUGAUGGCCCUCCUGCCAAGAAAGUUAAGGUAGAUGAUGACUUGAAAGGUGGAAUGGAAGAUAUAACUAAGUCCAAAGUUACAGAGGUUGGUACGGUAGAUCCAGUAUAUGACUUUAAAACAAUCAUAAGCCAGAAAGAUGAGGAUCGCUUUGAGGAAGCUUGUAAAAUGAUGCAGAAAAAACUGAUAGAAAUUGUGAUGGACUCCUUUGGUACACAGGCUUACAGUAAAGCAAUGGAUUGUUUGACUGUUCUCAGACAGGAGUCCAUAAAGAACAGUGAGCCAAAGAUGUUUAACACAUACCUGAGGGAGCUGAAGGAGACAAUAGUUGGUAAAGGAAAGAAAGAUUUCUGGGACAGGAUUGUAUAUGAUAAGGUUACGGUAAUUGAUAAGAGUGAGUGUCCAGAGAGUGAUGUUACAAAGGAAGAGGCAGAUAGGUUAUUAGAGGGAGAUGUUGUAAAGACUGAAGACACAGCACCCACUCAGGAGGAAGAAGCAGAUGAUCUGUUGGCUGAAAUGGAUUAAAAGCAGGGAGACUCCUGUCCUACUAUCAUAACGUCGGUACAAUACCAUUCCAAUGGUGCCAUUCUAUUACUUCACAGUCAACAGCAGUCACUGGAAUAUUUGGGACACAUUUGAAAGAUGGACACUAAUACGACAUCCACAUCAGUAGGACUCAAACCUGUGUCCUUCAAUAAUUAGUCGAAUCCUGUAUGUUUAAACAUGGACAUAAUAAAUCUGAACAUAUCCCUGAAAAUGUCUCACAAAAUGUUCUUGUAAAGAAUAGAUACAGUGAUAAUAGUCGUCUGAAAAUAAUUGCCAAAUAAUUAAAUGAAUGUAUAAUACAGUAAUACAGUAAAACCUUCAUAACUUAAUGUU